AUGCGAUUUCAUCAGCCAGUUGGCAUUAUUCAACGGAAUAAUUGCCACAUAAACGGCAACAACAACAAUAAUAAUAAUAACGUCAGUAACAUCAAUGAUUCACGUUUUGUAAUUAACACUGGAAAUAACAAUCGUCAAGUGACACAUGGUGGAACCAUUUAUUAUACUAGUGAAAAUGAAAAUCAUAAUAACUUUGCCGGUGAUGAAUGCUUAAAAACAUUAAAAUCAAUAAUUAAUGAAAAGGAAAUUACAAGCACAAACAAUUUCGAUUCGCGUGACGUAAAUCGUUUAGAGACAUUGUUGAAAUUUAAAAAUAAUAGUUGUGGAUAUUUUAAGAAUUUUAUCGAUACUCAACAACACUCGGUUAAUAAUACAAAUAAUAAUUUUAGCAAUAAAAAUGCGGACUUGAAUGGAAAUAACGAUAAUGAUAAUGUCUUAUUGAUUGAAACAUUAAACUUAACUGAGGAUAAUUUGUCAAGGUUUGUGACAUCGACAACACAAGCAUAUGAUAAUUGUAUAACAAAUCAGAGCUAUAAACAGCAAAAUUGCUUGACUAGCGUUCAACGAAAGCGUCGAGAAAAUUUAAUCAAGCUGGAGUUUGGAUCGAUGACGAAGCAUGAAGGACCUUUGCAAUCGAAUGGUGGUGAUAGUGCUGGAUGCUCUGUGGAAUCGAGUCCUGUUGAUAGUUUAUUAGAUGAUCAAGAUCUUGUAUCUCCCACACCAUCGUCUUUGGCUGACUUGAGCUCACCUGACCCUCGAGAUUUACAAGAAGUACUUACAAGAUAUCCACGUGGCAUAAUAAAUCCAAAUUAUCCUGGCUUUCAACAUUUAGCACAUACACUUGCUGAACAUUUCAUAGAUCAUAAUUUCGAUAAUAUCUCAGAUAGCGAAAUAUCCGACGACGUUGACUUUGAUGUAACUUAUCGAAGAGGAAGUCUAAUUGAUGUAAAUAUUAUGAAUGAUAAUAACAAUAAUAAUAAUGGCACUGCCAUUGAGGCAGACGAGAGAGUAGCAACAGAUUUAAAUCAGAAUAAAAAUAGACGUAGCAGCUUCUCGACACACGAACACAUUGUUAAUGACUUUGACAUGAAGGAGAUGAAAGUGAAAGAGUAUGAGGACGGUAAUGUCAAUUUAUUGAUGAAAUCCGAACCAAAGGUCUUUUGUGAGAGUAAACAGUUGGGCUUACAUGAAGACGAUAAUAUUGACCGUAAUUCCGACUAUGAAAGAUUUACGUCAGAUGAUGAAGAUGAAGAAUGUUGCAAUUUAUCAUCAAACAUCCAGCAAAUGUCGAAAAAAAAUAUCGAGCCACAACAAAUGGAGUUCGAUGAGGAUGAUAUGGCCGACUUGAGUGGCGAAGACGAUGCAGCAAUAAAGAAUGAACUCGAGAGAAUCGAUAGGUCUGAUAACAAUGACUUCAAUGAGAAUAUAAAUUGUGAUUUGGCAACGUAUCUUCAACAAUAUGAUUAUAAAAUGGAUUUACAGAAAUCUUAUCAGCUUGACAUGAUGGAAUCAAAUGAGGAUGAAUGUCUUACGGAUGAAGAUAACAAUAAACUGCCAACGCCUGAUAUUUUAAUUGAACAUAAUAGCAGUAACAAUAGUAGCAACAAGAAACUUCAAAAUGACACAAAAGAGGAGGAGAUUAAAUCACGGGAAGGAAGUGCUUGUAAUGAGGAUGAGAAACAAUGUGCAGACGAUACAUCGCAGAAUGAAACUCACAAUUUCCAGCCGGAUUUAAUUAAAAACAUAAAAGAUACAAUUAGUUCCAACGACAAUAAUCAUGGACGAAUUGAAAACACGGCAUUCCGACAUGCUGAUCAUGAUGAUGAGAGUGAUAAUGAAAUUUUAUCUCCUACUGAGCAUGAAAUUCCCAACAAUGUGAACAAGAUAAAUGAUAAUGAUGAAAAAAUAAUUAAUCAAGUUCAGACUGAAGUAGGACAAAUGGAAUUUGCAACAGCAAAUGGAACGACAAAACUAUCAUUUGAUAGUGCAUCAUCAACAGUUGACAUCAUUGGUGAUUUUGGGAAGGAAGUUGAAAAAGAAAUUGGUCUAAUUGUAUCCGGUUAUUUAAAUGCAACAAAUGACUCAUCACCCACAGCAUCAACAACUACAUCACCAACAACUUGUGAACAUGUCCGUCCUAUGAAACCGAGGAAACAACAAACAUUAUCAAGUGAGAUGAAUGAGCUAGUGUUGGACGAGAAUAAAUUUUUCGAGCAUCUUAAAUAUUUUAGUAAGAUGGGCGAUGCUACACUAUCAAAAAUCGAGGAGAAAAUCGUAUUUAAAAAAUCCGAUCAUCUGAAUGAGUCGAAAGUGAGUCAAGUGAAUACAUCAUUAAUAAAAUGUGAGUCAGUGGAUAAUGGACUAAUUCCAACUGCAAUUGUAAAGCCAAAAUAUCAAAAGUUAUCGUUUGACGAGCGACAAUUGCCUAUUCGUGGUGCAACCGAGACAGAAUUGUGGAAUAAUACAGCACAUCAAUCAACCACAAUCACAACCACACCACGUAAAAUUCAAAAGCAUUUACCAAAGAAUCCAAAAACAUUUGCUAGGCAAACUCGUAAAAUGGUAAAUAAAAUGCAUAAUAGUGAGCCAUGUUUCGAUUAUGACGUGACCGAUAAGGAAGCAAUCAAUUCAAUCCAUCGUGUUGGCGAGAAAGACAUUGAUUGUAGUGUCAUGCAAAUGCAAAAUAGUGUUGCCAUUGUACAGCCAAUCAAAAAAGUUAUUGAUACAAACGUUACGGUCGAUACGAAAAAAAUUGAGAAACAAAUUGAUAGUUCUAAAAAUAUCGCGAUGAGCCAGAAGGCUGAAUUUAAAAAUCGUAAUAGCAGUAAAAUGAAUACAGCUAAUGAAAUCGCACCGAAAUUUAGCAUGAGUGAGUGUGACGUUAAAGAUAAUAAUAAUUUAAAUGUCGGUAAUCGAAAGUAUUCCGAGCGUGAGAAAAUAUUCGUGAAAGACGGUAAUGACGAUAAAAAGGUGCCAAUGAAAAAUCGAAAGGAUAUUUCAGACGCUUUCGAUGUUUACAAUAUCGAAACAGCGUUACCUGUCAUUGACUUGGAAGCAAUCGAAUCUCAUUUAAUGGCAUCAGCAAAAGAAGAAGAAAAGAAGGUAAGUCAUUUAUUGUAA